AUGCGGCGAAUAAUGCAGUUGGCCUCAGAGGCAAACCAAAGCGUUCCCACGGAAUCGGACGUUCAAGCAUCUGCUACAGGUCCACAGGAGGCGGGCGGUGGUCUAGCCUACGGCUCACCAGAUCCCAAAAGAGUCGCAGCUGGGAUGGGUCUCCAGCAGGCAAUAAAUGUAACAAAGUCUGUUAGAAUGCUAGCAAGAUAUUUAAACGCCUGUUUGCAACGACAACGCGACCUCCGUCAGGCCUUGAUGAACCCCAGCUGUCAGCGGGCAACACCGGUUGCUGUCCAAAGUGCAAAGUCAUAUUCAGGACUAAGAAUGACUCCUGGAGGCCAUUUUGGUCCGAAUAUGCACUUCUCACCACACUUAAAGGGUCCAAAUAAUAAUUCGGCAAGUGGUGACAUUUCAGCCCGUAUGCGACAGACCGGCACACUUGGAGCCCAAAAUGGAGAAGGAAGCGGAAAUAUCGGAGGUGGGGUCAGUGCAAACAUGCAGUCCAUAAUAGGUGAAAAUAGAGAUAGUGAAGAUGAGGCAGGCAAGGCUGUAAUAACUGGCCCUGUGAGUGGUGUAGGUGGCAGUGGAAAUGCCCGAGAAAAUGGAGGAGAGAAGUCACCAACUCCUGCUUUCAGUUUUCCACCGAAAGAUGGCCGUGGAAGUGAAACCCAGCCAAGUGCUCCUUCAUUUUCAUCUACUCCGCCUCCUCCUCAGCCGCCUCCACCCAGUGCUCCUUUAGAGGCGCCAGCGGCUCCUCUUACCAUAAUUGGUCCUGUCUCAAUGCCCACUAUGUCCAUCGUAGCAACUGCCGCAUCUGCAGAUGUACCUAAGACAGGUGAUGGUAGUUUUUCAAAGUCCUCGUCAAGUGUGUGCCCCCAAAGCACCGGGGCGCAGUUAGGCAUGUCUAAAUUUACCAGACGAAUUUCAUCAAUUGCCUCUUCUAGCCUAACCUCCUCAUGCUCACUCUCGAGAACUGGACAGAUACCCAUUAUUUCUCAAACAGCGCUUCAAGGUUCGGGCAGGUGA